CUCUUCUUCCAGAUUAAGGAACUCACGGGCAACCUCAGCAGGAGCUCCCCAUCUUCCAGUCUGUCACCUGGCUCCGGGGGCACAGAUUCCGAUUCCUCCUACCCACCUACCCCCACCACGGAGAGAAGUGUGGCAGUAUCUGUGAAAGAUCAGAGGAAGGCCAUCAAGACCCUGCUGGCGUGGGUACAGAGGAAAACAAGGAAGUAUGGUGUGGCAGUGCAGGACUUUGCGGGCAGUUGGAGGAGCGGGCUGGCUUUCCUGGCUGUCAUCAAAGCCAUCGACCCCAGCCUGGUGGACAUGAAGCAGGCCCUGGAAGAUUCCAUGCAGGAAAAUCUGGAGAAAGCCUUCAGCAUCGCACAGGAUGCUUUGCACAUCCCCAGGCUCCUGGAGCCGGAAGACAUCAUGGUGGACACACCGGAUGAGCAGUCCAUUGUGACUUACGUGGCACAAUUUCUAGAACGCUUCCCGGAGUUGGAGCCUGAAGAUUUUAUGAAUCCAGAUAAAGAAGCCCCGAUCGAGUCUACCUUUGUCCGCAUCAAAGAAAGCCCCUCUGAACAGGAAAGCAGAGUCCUCCUCCUCACCAAGAACGGGGAGCGGGCCUACGUUAACCACAAAACCAGCCACCCGCCACCGGCCAAAGUCUUCGUCUGUGACCAGCCUGAGAGCACAAAGGACUUCUACCUGGGCGCUGUGCCCAGCCACAGACUGUCAGAUAGCUCCACUGAGUUCAUGCAUCAGAUCAUAGACCAGGUCCUCCAGGGAAGCCAGGAAAAGACUGAAGCCACCACCAGUGAGCCAGAUCCAGAAUCUUCCAUCUUAUCAACCAGAAAGGAUGGCUGGAGGUCCAGCUCUUUGCCAGUCAAGAAAACUGUCCACUUCGAGGCUGAUCUGCACAAGGGUGUCUCCUGCAGUAAGGAUCCUGUCUACAGUCCAGAUCUUUGCUUUGAAGGAAGCCCAGGAGCAGCCAAAGAGCUGUCAAAGCAGGAUGGCCAUGUCUUGUUGACUGAGGCGGCCGAGGAAAAGAAACUGGAACAGGAAGCCAAGCCAGUGCUGGAAGUGGCCUCAGACAAGGCCUCUGAGGACACUGUUCAUGUGGAUGGUAUGCCCCAUCAUGCUCAGCCCCUCCAGGACUCCUCGUUCUGUAAUGGCACUGUAGAGAGUCUGGCUAGCCAUGCUGAGGAAGGCCCUCCUCCAUCCCUUGAAGAUCAAGCUGUCCUGGCCAACUCCACCGAGCUCAAGGUCCCACUGCUGACUGUGGAACCAAUGGAUAAAGAUGACUAUUUUGAAGGCAUUCCACUAAAGGCCUCCAAGUUUAACAGGGACCUAGCAGAUUUCGCCUCAACCAGCCAGGCUUUGAGCGAAGUUCCCUCACUCCACGAGAAGCCAUCCGGUGAGGAGGGUUUUGAGGGUUAUCCUGAGAAACCAGGGAAAAGGAAAUCCAAGUCUCCUCACACAAAGAGAGAGUCGCCUGAGUCCCAGGCAGAGCCUGACAAACCUCCUCCCGAGAGCCCUGAGCAAGAAGGUCAAGACCAUCCUUUGCCCCCAGAAGAAGCACCUGUGGAUAAUAAGCCAGAAGUGUUUGAAAAAGCUAAGAGAAAGUCAGCCCGGCAUCACAGCGAAGAAGAGGGAGAAGCAGAGGGCCUCCCAGGGGUCGGCGGGGAAAUACCAUCCAACCCUCCGAGCACCAGUGUCAGCCUGGAAACCCUCAGGAGUCACAGCCUGGAUUUCAAGCCUUCCCCACCGCUCUCAAAGAUCUCCGUCAUCCCCCAUGACUUGUUCUAUUACCCGCACUAUGAGGUGCCCCUGGCCGCGGUGCUGGAAGCUUACGCUGAGGGUGGAGAGGGCUUGAAAAGUGAAGACGUGGAUCUGGAGGAGCCUGAAGAGGGCUCUCUGCGGGACUUGGACUCCAAGGAGGAGGAGGAGGAAAAGGAGGAGGAGGAUGACGAAGAGGAGGAGGAGGAGGCCCAUAGCUCCCAGAGCAAUUGCAGCUUCUCUGUGCCUAGCGUUGAAGUUCACCCCUGCACUAGUGACCAGGUGCCCCCUGUCAACGGGGGUGGUGUGGAGGCUACACCAGACUCAGGGCCUGCUUCUCCACCCCACCAUGACGAGGACCACCAGCCAAGGGAGACCAGAGAGAGUGAUCCUGUGGAGAGUCAGCAGUCUGAAGACUCCCAGAAGCCAGAACAACCCAGAAAGCCAUUAGAAGAAACGGUGGUAGAAGAAUCGACCAGCAGUAAAAAGAAGGAAAAAAGGAAACAUGUGGACCAAGUAGAAAGUUCAUUAUUUAUAGGCCCUGGCACUGUCCGCUCCUCAGACGACCUAGAGGACAGCAGCCCUUGUGAGCACAAGGUCCCUUCCAGGACUAGCCACAGCGACUCCAGUAUUUACAUUCGACGCCACACUAAUAGGUCUUUGGAAUUGGACCAUUUUAGCUAUGUUCAAUCGAGGAACGCAGCCAAUCUGGAUGACAGGAGAAACCGAAUGUUAAACAGGAAUGGCACCAAUUUCUCUGGUGAAGCUGUGCCCCCAGGGAGCCGGAGUCCACCGAGUGACUCCCUGACGCAGCUUGUGCAGCCACCGGACGUGAUGUAUUUCAUCCUUUUCCUCUGGCUCCUGGUUUAUUGCCUGCUGCUGUUCCCCCAGCUCGAUGUCAACCGAUUCUGAGGCGUGUGUCAGAAGAACAAAAAGACAGAACCCUGGCGGGGGUGGUCUUCCUCCCACAGCUUACUGUCUGUUCGGGGUUGGUCCUCUUGUGCAGAGACCGAAGACCUUAGAGGGAAUGCAACCCUUGCCUGUCUCCCGCCCCACCACUUGCUUUUUGGUUCUGUACUUCCUCUUGUAUCCGUUUGUCUCUGUAAGACCCAAGAGCAUGGUUUUCUCUCCCGCUGUGUGCUCAAAGCUCAGGUUUGAGGUUGUGUUGGUGGGUGGGUUUCCCACUUGUGUGCCUUGCUUGAUCAGAUGAGCAUCCUUACUAAUGUAUAGCCCAAACUUGGAUCUUAGCAUGUAUGCAUACAUGCAGGAUUUUAAGAUCUGGGAGGAACUUGAGUUGCUUACCUCUCAGGGGAGGGCCUGCCUGAUUCUGAGAAAGAACCAAGCCCAUACUAGAAAGAAAGCUGUCCCAUUUUCUUUGGAGCAUGGGUGUUUGUGGGAAGAUGCUAUGACCCGUCGCUGAUUGGUUGUAUUCACUGGGGAGUUCAACAGAAUACACCUACAUUCCCCUCCCCUCCAAAUCACACCUGUGCAUUGUUGGGUUCCAGGGAAGAGAUGCCAGGAUUGCUGUGAGCCAUGAUGCAUUCUUCUUUGACUCUGGUUUUCCUGGAGGAUGCGGGGAGGGGGCAUUUUAAAUUCACUUUUGCAUCUGUUGGGAUUGAGGUACAGCUGUGGUUUUCAAACCUUCUCUGCCAAUGAGACCCUCCUGUCAGAUGAAACCCACGAGGAACCUGAUCUAGAUUCGCAUUCAAAGCAGAGCUCUGACUGGGAUGGCCCUGAGACUCCCUCCCACUGGGCUGUGCAGACCUUGGAGUCCCUGUAAGACUCCAUGAUAAGCCCAAAAGGGCUGCAAGUGGCAUAAACUCCCGCUUAAGAUGAAGCUGGAAGGGUUCCUGCAGGUUUCUGGCCUCAGGAUACACACCUUGGCACCAACAUCCUGUGGUUAGUCAUAAUGGGUUUCUUGAAAAGGCUUUCUGAAAUGCACUAGGGUAUAGGCCAGGGCAGGCAGCUUGUGAAAGGAAAAAAGGAUGUCUCCCUCCUCCGGUGGUCCUCAGCCCCAGCUCCCUCUGUCCCUCUGCAAAGUCUCAGGUCACUGGGGGACUCUUGUUUCUUCCCCAUUUGUGAUCCCUCCCACACAUUAGGCAACCAAUAUAAAAUCAUACCCUCAGUCAGGAGGGAGCCACAGGGCUGAACCCACAGAGGCAGAGCAGGCUGAACAAGGGUACACCGCUCACUAGGAAAAGACUCGCCACAAGCCCUCUGACCAUUUGAUGCCCAGUCCAAAGCUGUUAUUUUUUGUAGGGAACUUCCAACCAAGCACAAGAGUGGUCUGGAAAAAAAAAAUGACCAAGUAAAAUGUCCUCACCCAAACUAGGCCAUAUUCUUUAGACCUUUUAUUGACCUUCAAGCUCAUCCCCUGUUCCUUCUGGAAUAUUCUUGGCAGCUGUAAAGGCACGUAUAUUGGUUAGUUUUCUUAUUGCUAUAACAAGGCACAUGACAAAAACCAGAAAGGAAGGGUUUACUUUGACUCACAGUGUGAGGGUGCAGUCCAUCAUGGCGGAGGAAGUCAUGGUAGGGGGCGCCUGAGGCAGCUAGCCACAUUGUUUCAUAGUUAGGAAACAGGGAGAGAGAUGCUGGUGGUCAGCUCACUUUCUCCUUUUUAUUCAGUCCAGGACUCCAGCCCAUGGGAUGGUGCUGCCCGCUUGUAGAAUGUGUCUUACCUUUUCAGUUAAGCCUUUCUGGAAAGACCCUCAGGGACACACCCACAGAUGUGAUUCCAUGGUGACUGUAGGUGCGGUCAGAGUGACUGUGGAGAUGAACCAUCACAUCCUGUCAUUUUCUCUCUCCUUAGCAAGCCAAGGACUUGCUUAUUUUAUGCACAGUUCAAAGAAUUUACAGAGUACAUGGAGUCAUGACAGCCCAAAUCUGGCCUCUCAACUGUUCUGCCUCCCCUUCUGGAAAGAACCAAAAACUUCCAAAGUGAAAGCUCUUGGGAGCUUGGAGCGAUUUCAUAUUGAGGGCCCAGAGCUCCAUGGAUGUAAGGUACAUAGUGAACUUCCAUCAGACUUUCAAAGGUACAGAUGAUGCAAAGAUUAUGCAUGUAAUACUUUAUGACCCCACACUCUUUGCAGUCCUUGCCCAAAUGAGGUAGCAAAGAAGAGCUGACCUAGAAGUGACUCGUUAAUUUUAUGAGUCCAGACCUUGCUCAGAAGGCUGCAUGCUGCUUCUCUCGCUUACAGCUUACAGCAAGCUUUAAAACAUCUACAGACAAGAUGCCCGAGUCAUUUGGUUCAGGCUGGCAGUAAACUGACUUUAUUUGAAAGGCAAAAUAAAUCUCAUUUGAGUAUAGGCAUAUGUAGAAGGGACUGGAUAUAAAAGGCUACUGGUCGAAUCAUCCUAUCAAAUCAUGUAUGUAUGUGUGUCUAUAUGUGGUUAAUGUGCACAUGAUUGUGAGUGUUUGAAGAAGCCAGAAGAGGGUAUUGGAUCCUGCCUGGAGCAGGCAGUGGGAGCCACCUGAGAUGGGUGCUGGGAACUGAACAUGGGUCCUCUUAACCACUGAACCAUCUCUCCAGCCCCUCUUGGCAUCUCUUAAAUAAGAAAAUGCUAUAGUGUUUGAAAUGAGGACUAGUCACCCCCAAAUCUUAAUUGUCAGUAGUAACCAGUUUCAAUAUUUUUUGCUGUUUCUUCUAAUAUUUGCCUCUGCGUUUCUAUGCGACACUUUAUUUUUCAUUAUUAGUUUAGAAGCAUCUACUGACUUGCUAAUGUCACAGAUGAAGGCUUCCCUCUGGCCUGGACCAUGCCGGGUCUUCCCACUACAGAUAGACUGCCUUGGGCAGCUCAGGACCCCGAGCUAAGCUGUGGACUGUGGUUAUAUAUCCCUACUUGUCAGUUCCCCCCUUAAUUUAAUAUCUCCCUCCCUCCCUCCCUUCUUCCUCUCCUCUCUUCCCCUUCCUUCUCUGUCUCCUUCCUCCCCUCCUCUCUCCUCACUUUCCCUCUGUCCAUUCUUUUAUAACUUCUUGAGAAAAGUAACAUGGGAAGUAAAUGUUGUGAAUUUUUUUGAUUUAUUUAUUUUUAUUUUAUGUGUAUAAGUAUAUUGCCUGCAUGUGUGUAAGUGCACCUGUGUUGUACAGUGUCCUCGGAAGACAGAAGAGGGUGUCAGAUCCCCUGGAACUGGAGUUACAGACAGUUGUUAGCUGCCAUGUGGGUGCUGGGAUUCAAACUCAGGCCUUCUGCGAGAACAGUCAGUGCUCUUAACUGCUGAGCCAUCUCUCUAGCCCCACAUUUAAACUGCCUUUUUUCCUGCCCUCACUGAGUGUGGCUGGGCACAGAUCUACAGAUCUGGGCACAGAUGGUGCCCUCGUCACUGUUUCCCAAUAAAGCUGUUGAGAUUUCUGGUUCCUA